CAGACUAAUUUGUCCCCUGUCCUUCAUCCCACUAACUGCAAGACUAUGGGAACCUCCAAAGGGAUCCCACUGUGGAUCCUACCACUGCUUUUGAGUUCGUUAAAUGCUCAGUUGUAUUCCGACUAUAGUGAGCAUUCACAGGAAUUGUCCGGUGGUGAAAGUUUUGACUACACGAUUCACGAAACCAUCCAGAACGUCGAGACAUUUGGAAAUGGACCUGCAAAGAUAUCCAUAAUCCCAGCUGUGCACCCAACUCCGGUAGUUAAAGUCGUCAACACCGCUCACAAUAACAAAGUAUGCAGCACUUGGGGAAACUUCAACUUCAAGAAUUUUGAUGGUGAUAUAUUCCAUUUCCCGGGAACCUGCAACUAUGUUUACGCUUCCCAUUGCAAAAGCAAUUAUGAAGAUUUCAACAUCCAGAUUCAACGCUCCCUCACCAACAGCAUCCCAGAAAUCAAUAAAAUCACCAUGAAGCUCAACGGGGUGGUGAUACAGCUCGGUCAGAAUUCUGCGAUGGUUGAUGGCACAGCAGUGCAAUUGCCCUACAGUGGUUCUGGUGUCCAGAUUGAGAAACAAGGCGUUUACCUUAAAAUCACCUCCAAACUUGGUGUGGUGCUAAUGUGGAAUGAUGAUGAUAGCCUCCUGCUGGAGCUUGAUGAAAAGUAUUCAAACCAGACCUGUGGAUUGUGCGGAGACUACAACGGCAUAUCUAUCCACAAUGAAUUCAUUAACCAUGAUAUCCACAUCACAGAAACUCAGUUUGGAAACCUCCAGAGAUUAGAUGGCCCUACAGAACAGUGCCAAGAUGUACAGCCAAUACCAACAAGCAAUUGCACAGACUUUGAGAACAUCUGUGAAAAAAUAUUACUGGGCUCAGCCUUUGGAAACUGUCACUCCAAGGUGGCUGUUGAACCCUACAUUGAUGCCUGUGUAAAGGACUUGUGCCGCUGUGAUAGCAGUGUGACUUCCCUCUGUAUGUGUAACACAUUCGCUGAGUACUCAAGGCAGUGUGCCCAUGCCGGUGGUCAGCCAAGUAACUGGAGAACAAAAGAUUUUUGCCCCCAGAAGUGCCCUUUUAACAUGGAAUACCGAGAAUGUGCCUCUCCUUGCGCUGACACAUGUACCAACCAAGAAAGAGCAGCUGUUUGUGAUGAGCAUUGUUUGGAAGGAUGCUACUGCCCCAAAGGAACUGUAUUUGAUGACAUCAACAACUCAGGCUGUAUUCCUGUGGAUACAUGCCCCUGUACAGUUAGGGGGGAGACAUACUCUUCUGGAGCAUCAUAUUCUACUCCAUGCAGUACCUGUUCAUGUUCUUCAGGGAAGUGGAGCUGUAAGGACUUGCCUUGUCCCUCUACCUGCUCUGUAGAAGGAGGCUCUCAUAUUACAACCUAUGAUCAGACCCAUUACAGCAUCCAUGGUGAUUGUAACUAUGUACUGACGAAGACAUGCGAUGGUGGAGAUUAUACAGUUGUUACUGAACUUCGCAAAUGUGGUUUAACUGCAAGUGAGACCUGUCUAAAGAGCAUUAUGGUCCUGCUCAAUGGAGGAGAAACUAAUGUUGUGAUCAAACCCUGUGGCAGUGUGUAUGUGAACAGUGUCUACACCCAGCUGCCAUUUUCUACAGCAAGCGUCACCAUCUUCAGACCUAGCUCUUUCUACAUUAUUGUCCAUACAAAAGUGGGACUUCAGGUGGUUGCUCAGCUCACCCCCUUCAUGCAGGUCUAUGUGGUACUGGACCCAGUCUUCAAAACCAAGACGUGUGGUCUUUGUGGAAACUUCAAUGACAAGCAAAGUGAUGAUUUCCAAACCAUAAAUGGAGUGAUAGAAGGAACUGGAGCUUCAUUUGCAAAUACAUGGAAGACCCAAGCUGACUGUCCUAACAUCAAGAAUAUUUAUGAAGAUCCAUGCUCCCUCAGUGUGGAAAAUGAACAAUAUGCUUCACACUGGUGUGGUCUCAUAUCUGACCCAAAUGGGCCUUUUGCUGCAUGCCACUUGCUAGUGAACCCAAACAUGUACCAAAAGAACUGUAUGUUUGACACCUGCAACUGUCAGAAGAGUGAAGAUUGUAUGUGUGCCUCCCUCUCCUCUUAUACCCGGGCCUGCAUAACCAAAGGUGUUAAAUUAACAGGAUGGCAAGCAAACACCCCCUGCACUAAAUAUAGCAAAUACUGCCCCAAAACACUAACCUAUAUUGAAUCCGUGAGCACCUGCCAGCCAACCUGCCGCUCUCGCUUUGAGCCUAACCCCACCUGUAGCAUCAAGUUCAUACCUGUAGAUGGCUGCAGCUGCUCCAAGGGGUUCUACAUGGAUGACAGAAACAAAUGUGUCCCUGAAGCUGCCUGCCCCUGUUACUACAAAGGAAGUGCUAUUCCCUCUGGAGAAGUGAUUCAUGACAAUGGAAUACAAUGUUCUUGUACUCAAGGACAGUUGAGCUGUAUUGGAUCUGCUAAGCCAGAAUGCGCUGCUCCUAUGGUUUAUUUUGACUGUAAGAAUGCAACAGUGGACACAAAAGGAUCCGAAUGUCAAAAGAGUUGCCAGACAUUGGAUAUGGAAUGUUACAGAACAAAAUGCGUCUCUGGCUGCGUCUGUCCUGGUGACCUUGUGUCAGAUGGAAAAGGGGGCUGCAUUAAACAAGAUCAAUGUCCAUGUGUCCACAAUGAAGCCACUUAUCAGCCCGGAGAUAAAAUAAAAGACAAAUGCAAUACCUGUACAUGCAAAAACCGAAAGUGGGAAUGUACGAAUGAGCCAUGUCUAGGGACCUGUGCUGUGUAUGGAGAUGGACAUUAUAUCACUUUUGAUGGGAAACGAUACACCUUUAACGGAGACUGUGAAUAUAUUCUUGCUCAGGAUCACUGUGGUAAAUCUGAUAGCGGCAGCUCUUUCCGAGUCAUUACAGAAAAUGUCCCUUGUGGAACGACUGGCACAACCUGUUCUAAAGCUAUCAAGGUCUUUCUAGGGAGCUUUGAACUUGUUCUCACAAAUGAGCAUUUUGAGGUAUUGAAAAAAGAAUCUGGAGCUAAGGUACCAUAUAAGAUCCGAUACAUGGGUAUCUAUCUUGUUAUUGAGUCUGACAGUGGACUGAUCCUGCUAUGGGAUAAGAAGACUGGUAUCUUCGUCAAGCUCAGUAAAGACUUCGAGGGUAAAGUCUGUGGUCUGUGCGGCAAUUAUGAUGGAAACGGAAACAACGACUUCACUACUAGGAGCUUGUCAGUGAUAGGAGAUCCUGUGGAAUUUGGCAACAGCUGGAAACUCAACCCAACAUGUCCUGAUGUCAAUCCAAACAGGGAUCCUUGUUCUGCCAAUCCAUAUAGAAAAUCAUGGGCUCAAAAGCAGUGCAGUAUCAUCAAUAGCAAGGCUUUUUCUGCUUGUCAUUCUCAGCUUGACCCAUCUGGGUAUUAUGAUGCCUGUGUUUCCGACUCAUGUGCUUGUGACAGCGGUGGAGACUGUGAGUGCAUGUGUGAGGCCAUUGCAGCCUAUGCUCUUGCCUGUAGUGAAGCUGGCAUUUGUGUUUCCUGGAGGACCCCAAGUAUCUGUCCUAUCUUCUGUGACUACUACAACUCAGAAGGCGAAUGUGAAUGGCAUUACAAGCCAUGUGAGCACAGCUGCAUAAAGACCUGUAGAAACCCCAGUGGAAAAUGCCUUUAUGAUCUACCUGCUAUGGAAGGAUGUUAUCCUAGCUGCUCAGCAGAAAAGCCAUUUUUCAAUGAAGACACAAUGGAUUGUGUAGCCCAGUGUGGUUGCUAUGAUGAUGAAGGAACUCACUACCCACGAGGAGGCGAAAUUCCCAGCAAGGAAAAUUGCCAGACCUGUGUAUGCAGCAUGUCUUCCCAUACUGAAUGCAAAUAUGAUAAGUCAGCUUGCUACUGUAUGUACAACGGCACCAAAUACAAUUACGAUGAUGUGAUUUAUAACACCCGGGAUAGUACCGGAGGGUGUCUCAGCGCCAUUUGUAAGGAAAAUGGAACAAUCCUGAGAGAUACUUUGUGUUCCACAACAACUCCUACAACGACAUUUGUUUUUACCACCACACCAAUCACUACUGUUACUACUCCAUCAACAAGUAUAACCACAAUCUGUGUUCAAAAAGUCUGUGAGUGGUCUCAGUGGAUCGAUGGAAGCUAUCCUAAACCAGAACGUGACAGUGGAGAUUUUGACACAUAUGAUCAACUUAGAGCCAAAGGAUAUCAUAUUUGUAAUCACCCAGAAGAAUUAGAAUGCAGAGCUGAAAUGUUCCCCAAUACUCCACUAAGUGAAUUAAUGCAGAAUGUCACUUGCAAUGCGUCCUUGGGACUAAUAUGCUACAAUAAGGAUCAAAUGCCACCUAUUUGCUACAACUAUGAAAUUAAGGUCAAAUGCUGUGAAAUUAGGCCAUGCAAGUCCAUUACUUCAACUCCCAUCAUAACCACACAGUCUAUUACAACCAUUACACCCACCACUACACCUACUACACCUAAACCUACAACUCCAACCACAACUGAAACCAAAACCACCACAAUAGAAACCUAUACUACCCCUCACUGUAAACCACAGUGUGAAUGGACUGAUUGGAUUGAUGUUAAUGUGCCAGGUGUGGGGGGAGGUAAAGGAGAUUUUGAAACCUAUGACAACAUCCGUGCAAAAGGAAUACAUAUUUGUAAGAAGCCAGAUGGUAUUCAGUGUAGAGCAGAGAAAUAUCCUGAUACGCCCAUUGGUCGCAUUGGUCAGGUUGUUCAGUGUAAUCUAACAACUGGCCUUAUUUGCAAAAAUGAAGAGCAAGAAGGUGAUUUUAAAGAAUGUCUUAACUACCAAUUGAAAGUACUUUGUUGUGAUGAUUAUAGUCAUUGUUCACCAACAACCACAUCAUCUGUACCUACAACCACAACAUCAACCUCAAAACCAACAACCACAACAUCGACACCUAUUACUACAACAUCCACCACUACCCAUCCAACUACCACAACAGAAACUACAACCACAACUCCAACUACUACAGAAACAACAACCACAUCUACAACAGAAACAACCACUCUAACUACAACAACAACCACAACUCCAACUACAACAGAAACAACCACAACUACAACCACAACUCCAACUACAUCUACAACAGAAACAACCACAACUCCAACCACAACUACAACUUCAACUACAACAGAAACAACCACAACUCCAACUACAUCUACAACAGAAACAACCACAACUCCAACUACAUCUACAACAGAAACAACCACAACUCCAACCACAUCUACAACAGAAACAACCACAACUCCAACCACAUCUACAACAGAAACAACCACAACUCCAACCACAACUACAACAGAAACAGCCACAACUCCAACCACAUCUACAACAGAAACAACCACAACUCCAACCACAUCUACAACAGAAACAACCACAACUCCAACCACAUCUGCAACGGAAACAACCACAACUCCAACUACAACAGAAACAACCACAACUACAACAGAAACUACAACCCAAACCACAACAACUACAACAGAAACUACACCCUCAACUCCAGCCACAACACCCAAAGCAGAUUUGACAACAUCCCCUCACUGUAAACCCCAAUGCAAAUGGACUAAUUGGAUUGAUGUUGAUGAGCCAGGCAAAAGCAAAGGAGAUUUUGAAACCUAUGAUAAUAUCCGUGCAGCAGGAAAAAAUAUUUGUAAGAAGCCUGAUGAUAUUGAGUGUAGAGCAGAAAAGUACCCUGAUGUGCCUAUUGUUCACCUUGGUCAGGUUGUUCAGUGUAAUGUAAUAUUUGGCCUUGUCUGCAAAGAUGAAGAGCAAGAAAGUGAUGUUAAAAAAUGUCUUAACUACCAAGUAAAGGUACUUUGUUGUGAUGAUUAUAGUCAUUGUUCCACAACCACGCCACCUGUGUUUACAACUACAAAUCCAACCACAACAGACAUGACAACACCAACAACCACAACUCCAACCACAACUCAAACAACAACUCCAACCACAACACCAACAACAACUCCAACAACAACUCCAACAACAACCACAACCUCAACCACAACUCCAACCACAACUCCAACCACAACUCCAACCACAACUCCAACGACAACACCAACAACAACAACCUCAACUCCAACCACAACUACAACAGGAACUACAACUUCAACCACAACAGAAACUACAACUCCAACCUCAACUGAAACUACAACCACAACAGAAACUACACCCUUAACAUCUACCACAACCAAAACUACAACCACGAUAACAACAACUCCAGCAACAAGUCAUACUACUCACUGCUUCUGUCAUGUUGAUGAUGCUUUCUUUUCACCAGGGGAAAUGAUUUACAACAUGACGGAUCAUGAGGGAUGCCAUUUUUUUGCAAUGUGCAAUCAUCUGUGUGAAGCUGAAAGAUUCCAGGGAUCAUGCUCACCAACUACUACGCCUACUCCAAAAACUACUACUACCAUUACUAUAAAAAAGACUACUAUAGAAAUAACAACAGCCUUUACUGGUUGUCAACCUGAUAAAAAGCCUGAUGAAUCCUGGCAGAUUAACAACUGCACAACGGCCACCUGUCAUGGGCACAAUGUCAUAACUUAUGAUUCGGUUAAAUGCCCAGAAGUGAAAGAGCUCACUUGUGAUAAUGGUUUCCCACCAGUCAAAGUCUUCAGUCAAGAUGGCUGCUGCUUCCAUUAUGAAUGCCAAUGUGUCUGCAGUGGAUGGGGAGACCCUCAUUAUAUCACCUUUGAUGGAAUCUACUACACAUUCCUAGAAAACUGCACCUAUGUCCUUAUGCAACAGAUCACACCAAAAUAUGAUAACUUCCGUGUGCUGGUCGAUAACUAUUUCUGUGAUGCUUUAGAUGGAUUGUCUUGUCCACAGUCUAUUCUGGUAUACUACAAAAACAACGAGGUGGUGCUGACACGUAUGAUGUUUGAAGGAAUGAUGACAAAUAGGAUUCGAUUCAAUAAAGUCUGGACAACACCCGGAUUUACUACUGAUGGUAUUACUGUUACCAGUGCUGGUAUUAACAUGAUUGUGGAAAUCCCUGAAAUUGGUGCCUAUAUCUCAUUUAGCGGAUUGAUCUUUGUGGUUAAACUUCCAUACAGCAAGUUUGGUUACAAUACAGAAGGCCAAUGUGGUGUCUGCUCCAACAACCGUAGUGAUGAAUGUAGAAUGCCAGAUGGCAAGAUUGUGCAAGACUGCAGUCAGAUGGCCAACCACUGGAAAGUGAACGUGACUGAGAAACCUUUCUGCAACCUCCCACCACCACCAAUUACACCAAGUGAGCAGCCUCCUGUGCCAACCACCACCUGCCCACCUUCUUCUCUCUGUGAUGUCAUCUUAAGCGAGGUCUUUGCUGAAUGCCACGACAUAAUUCCUCCGAAACCUUACCAUGAAGGCUGCGUUUAUGAUGCCUGUCGAGUUCGAAAUGAUUCCGUGGAAUGUGCCAGCUUAGAAGUCUAUGCAUCCCUGUGUACUUCCAAUGGAGUGUGCAUUAAUUGGAGGGAAAAGACACAUGGCCAGUGCCCAUACAAUUGUCCGGCUGGAAAAGUCUAUAAUGCUUGCGGCCAAGUCCAUCCAGCAACUUGUGAACAGAAGGACAUUAAUAAGGUCAGCGAUUUUGAGACAGAAGGCUGCUACUGCCCAAAAGGAACUGUACUCUUCAACUCUUUCAGUGGCAAAUGUGUUCAAGAAAAUUGUGAAGUUUGCCAUGGACCUGAUGGAAACCCAGUGAACGUUGGAGAUUCCUGGAUUAGUGGUUGCAGCAAAUGCACAUGUCAAAAAACACCUCUUUCUGCCAAAUGUGUGCCACUCCCAUGUAGUGAACCUGAAACGGAGACCUGUGACAAAGAUGGUUUUGUACCCGAGGAAGUGUUAGACCCUAGUAACCCUUGCUGCAAGAAAUACAAAUGCGAGUGUAAGCCUAGCACUUGCUCAGACCAUGUAAAGAGCUGUCCUCUUGGGUUUGAAGCAGUUUCGACCAUAAUGGAAGGAGAUUGCUGCCCUUCAUUUGAGUGCAAACCCAUGGACGUCUGUGUUGUGGAUGACAUUAUAUACAAGGCCGGGUCCGCUAUUCCAAAAGCCAAAGACUCCUGUGAUAACUGUGAGUGCACAGAUGAAAAGGAUACCAGUACAUCUCUAAACAAGGUCAAGUGCAAGCCAGUUGAGUGCAAUGAAGACUGUGGCAAGGGUCACCAAUACACAGUGGUGGAGGGUGAAUGUUGCGGAAAGUGUAAGCAAGAGGAAUGCAUAAUGACAGACAAAGAUGAAACUAUAGUUAUCAAGCCUGGUGAGACAUACACACCUAAAGAAGACAAAUGCAUCUCCUAUGAAUGUAAAGCAGACUUUGAAUUGGAAAGACAAAAGGAGAAAUGUCUCAUCACAGAUCAAUCAGAAUGCUUAGAGGGAUAUAAAUAUGAAAAGAAGGAGGGAGCCUGCUGUGGAAUAUGUGUACAUGUGGCAUGUGUAAUGAAGAUGGAAGACAACACAACCAAACUCAUUAAGCCUGGAGAAACCUACACACCUAAAGAUAACAAAUGCAUCACUUAUGAAUGUAAAGCAGGCUUUGAAUUGAACACCCUUACAGAGAAAUGUCUCAUCACAAAACAAUCAGAAUGCCCAGAGGGAUAUAAAUAUGAAAAGAAGGUGGGAGCCUGCUGUGGAAUAUGUGUACAAGUGGCAUGUGUAAUGAAGAUGGAUGACAAUACAACCAAACCUCUUAAGCCUGGAGAAACUUACACACCUGAAGACAAAUGCAUCACUUAUGAAUGUAAAGCAGACUUUGAACUGGAAACAGUAAAGGAGAAAUGUCUCAUCACAGAUCAAUCUGAUUGCCCAGAGGGAUAUAAAUAUGAAAAGAAGGUGGGAGCCUGCUGUGGAAUAUGUGUACAAGUGGAAUGUGUAAUGAAGAUGGAUGACAAGACAACCAAACUUCUUAAGCCUGGAGAAACUUACACAACUGAAGACAAAUGCAUCACUUAUGAAUGUAAAGCAGGCUUUGAACUGGAAACAGUAAAGGAGAAAUGUCUCAUCACAGAUCAAUCUGAUUGCCCAGAGGGAACUGACUACGAAAAGGUGAAGGGUUCCUGCUGUGGAAUAUGCGUACCCGUGGCAUGUGUAAUGAGGAUGGAAGACAACACAACUAAAUUGCUUAAGCCUGGAGAGACCUACACACCUAAAGAAGACAAAUGCAUCUCCUAUGAAUGUAAAGCAGACUUUGAAUUGCACACAUUCCAUACAGAGAAAUGCCUCAUCACAGAUCAAUCAGAAUGCCCAGAGGGAUAUAAAUAUGAAAGGAAGGUGGGAGCCUGCUGUGGAAUAUGUGUACGUGUGGCAUGUGUAAUGAGGAUGGAAGACAACACAACCAAACUGCUUCAGCCUGGAGAGACCUACACACCUAAAGAAGACAAAUGCAUCUCCUAUGAAUGUAAACCAGACUUUGAAUUGCACACAUUCCAUACAGAGAAAUGCCUCAUCACAGAUCAAUCAGAAUGCUCAGAGGGAUAUAAAUAUGAAAAGAAGGUGGGUUCCUGCUGUGGAAUAUGUGUACAAGUGGAAUGUGUAAUGAAGAUGGAAGACAACACAACCAAACUGCUUAAGCCUGGAGAAACUUACACAACUGAAGACAAAUGCAUCACUUAUGAAUGUAAAGCAGGCUUUGAACUGGAAACAGUAAAGGAGAAAUGUCUCAUCACAGAUCAAUCUGAUUGCCCAGAGGGAACUGACUACGAAAAGGUGAAGGGUUCCUGCUGUGGAAUAUGUGUACGUGUGGCAUGUGUAAUGAGGAUGGAAGACAACACAACUAAAUUGCUUAAGCCUGGAGAGACCUACACAGCUAAAGUAGACAAAUGCAUCUCCCAUGAAUGUAAAGCAGACUUUGAAUUGCACACCCUUACAGAGAAAUGCCUCAUCACAGAUCAAUCUGAUUGCCCAGAGGGAACUGACUACGAAAAGGCGAAGGGUUCCUGCUGUGGAAUAUGUGUACGCGUGGCAUGUGUAAUGAAGAUGGAAGACAAAGCAAGCAAACUUCUUAAGCCUGGAGAAACUUAUACACCUGAAGAUGACAAAUGCAUCUCCUAUGUAUGUAAACCAGAUUUUGACCUAGAAACACAUAAGGAGAAAUGUUCCAUCACAAACAAAACAGAUUGCCCAGAGGGAUAUGAAUAUGAAAAGGUGAAGGGAGCCUGCUGUGGAAAAUGUGUACAGGUGGCAUGUGUAAUGAAGAUGGAUGACAAAACAACCAAACUUCUUAUGCCUGGAGAGACCUUCACACCUAAAGAAAACAAAUGCAUCUCCCAUGAAUGUAAACCAGACUUUGAAUUGGAAACAAUUAAGGAGAAAUGUCCCAUCACAGAUCAAUCAGAAUGCUUAGAGGGAUUUAAAUAUGAAAAGAAGGAGGGAGUCUGCUGUGGAACAUGUGUACAAGUGGCAUGUGUAAUGAAGAAGGAUGACAACACAACCAAACUCAUUAAGCCUGGAGAAAGCUACACACCUGAAGACAAAUGUUUCUCCUAUAACUGUAAAGCAGACUUUGAACUGGAAACCCUUAAGGAGAAAUGUCCCAUCACAGAUCAAUCAGAUUGCUCAGAGGGAUAUAAAUAUGAAAGGAAGGUGGGAGCCUGCUGUGGAAUAUGUGUACAAGUGGCAUGUGUAAUGAAGAUGGAUAACAACACAACCAAACUCCUUGAGUCUGGAGAGACCUACACACCUAAAGAAGACAAAUGCAUCUCCUAUGAAUGUAAACCAGACUUUGAAUUGAACACCCAUACAGAGAAAUGUCCCAUCACAGAGCAAUCAGGAUGCUUAGAGGGAUAUAAAUAUGAAAAGAAGAAGGGAGCCUGCUGUGGAACAUGUGUACAAGUGGCAUGUGUAAUGAAGAUGGAUGACAACAAAACCAAAGUCCUUAAGCCUGAAGAGACCUAUUCCCCAGAAGAUGACAAGUGCAAAAACUAUACAUGUUCCCCUACUUAUGAUAUCACAAAUAUAACGAUAUCCUGUCCUCCUUUUGAUGAAAACGAAUGCAAAGAGAAACAGGGUACUGUAAAGACAUCAGCUAAUGGCUGCUGCAAGCAUUGUGAGGCUGCUGAAAUAAAAAAUGGUUGCCUUGUCCAUAAAGACAGCAAGCUCAUCACACAUGGAACCUGUGAGUCUGAACAGACAGUGGAAAUGGCCUACUGUGAGGGAAGCUGCAGUACCAAAUCAAUAUACUCUGCAGAUUCCAAUUCAAUGGAACAUACAUGCAGUUGUUGCCAGGAGAUGAAGACUAGCCAACGACAGAUAGAUCUGAAAUGCAAAGAUGGAAGCAAAUCAGUAUUCUCUUACACCUAUGUUGAAGAAUGUGGCUGCUCAAGAACUGAAUGCCAGGACAAUGCUCAGCAAUCGAAGAAGAAGCUCUCUCAACUGUAUAUUGAGGAAAUAGAGGGGUCAUCAUCUGGUGAAUACCUUAUCCAUGAAACCAUCCAAAACCAUACACUUAGCUUUAUCCCAGCUGUGUACCCAACACCAGUGGUUAAAGCUAUCAACAAAGCUCACAAUAACAAAGUAUGCAGCACUUGGGGGAACUUCAACUUCAAGAAUUUUGAUGGUGAUGUAUUCCGUUUCCCGGGAACCUGCAACUAUGUUUUCUCUUCACAUUGCAAAAGUGAUUAUGAAGACUUCAACAUCCAAAUUCAACGCAGCAUUACCAGCAGCAUCCUAGUGAUCAGUAAAAUCACCAUGAAGAUUAAUGGGUUGGUGGUGCAGGUCAUUGAGAAUAAUGUGCUGGUUGAUGGAAAAGUAGUCCAGCUACCCUACAGUGGUCUUGGUGUUCAGAUUGAGAAACGCGAUGUUUCCCUUAAAGUCAGCAGCAAACUUGGUCUAGUUCUAAUGUUGAAUGAUGAUAACAGUCUCAUGCUGGAGCUGGAUGAAAAGUAUGCUAACCAGACCUGUGGAUUGUGCGGAGACUACAAUGGCAUAUCUAUCCACAAUGAAUUCAUUAACCACGGUGUCCACAUCACAGAAACUCAGUUUGGAAAUCUUCAGAAGCUGGAUGGCCCCACAGAACAGUGCCAAGAUGUGAAACCAGAGCCAAGACGCAACUGUACACGCUUUGAGAACAUCUGUGAAAAUAUCUUAAUGGGUUCCGCCUUUUUAAACUGUCACUCAUUGGUGGAUGUUGAACAAUAUAUGGAAGCCUGUGUACAGGAUCUGUGCCACUGUAAUAGCAAAAUGACUUCCCUCUGUAUGUGUAACACAUUCGCUGAGUAUUCGAGGCAGUGCGCCCAUGCCGGUGGUCAGCCAAGAAACUGGAGAACAAAAGAAUUUUGCUCAGCCCGGAAGUGCCCGUUAAACAUGGAAUACCGAGAAUGUGGCUCAGCAUGCCCUAACACAUGUACCAACCCAGAAAGAGCAGCUCUUUGUGAUUCACAUUGUUUGGAAGGAUGUUACUGCCCUAAAGGAACUGUUUUUGAUGACAUCAACAACAAAGGCUGUAUUCCUGUGGAUAUGUGCCCCUGUAUAACAGCGGGAGAAAUAUACUCUUCUGGAGAAUCUUACUCUACUCCAUGCAGUACCUGCGUAUGUUUCUCUGGGAAGUGGAGCUGUAAGGAAUUGCCUUGUUCCUCAACUUGCUCCGUAGAAGGAGGUUCCCAUAUUACAACAUACGAUCAGACUCAUUACAACAUCCAUGGUGACUGUAACUAUGUACUGACCAAGAUGUGCAAAAGUAAUGAAUUUACAGUUCUUGCUGAACUUCGCAAAUGUGGUUUAAGUGAAAGUGAGACCUGUCUAAAGAGCAUUAUGAUCCUGCUCAAUGGAGAGGAAACUACUGUUAUGAUCAAGCCCUGUGGCAGUGUUUAUGUGAACACCAUCUUUACCCAAUUGCCAGUAUCUACAGCUAGUGUCACCAUCUUCAAACCUACCUCUUUUUACAUUAUUGUUCAAACGAAUAUGGGGCUCCAGGUGGUUGUUCAGCUCACUCCCUUUAUGCAGGUCUAUGUGGUACUGCACCCAGCCCUCCAAACCAAGACAUGCGGUCUUUGUGGAAACUUCAACAACAUACAAACAGAUGAUUUCAUGACAAUAAAUGGAAUUUUAGAAGGAACUGCAGCCUCUUUCGCCAAUUCUUGGAAGACCCAGGCAGACUGUCCAAAUAUAAAGAAUGACUAUAAUGACCCAUGCUCUCUCAGUCUUGAAAAUGAACAAUAUGCUUCCUUCUGGUGUGGUCUCAUAUCGGACCCAAAUGGGCCAUUUGCUGCUUGCCACUCACAAGUGAAUCCAAAAAGAUAUCAAAAGAACUGUAUGUUCGACUCCUGUAGCUGUGAGAAGAGUGAAGAUUGUAUGUGUGCCUCCCUCUCCUCUUACAGUCGGGUCUGCCUAAGCAAAGGUGUCAUACUGCCAGAAUGGCAAGGAAAUACCCCAUGCUCUAAAUAUACAAAAUACUGCCCAGAAUCAUUAAACUACACCUACUCUAUGAGCACCUGCCAGCCAACCUGCCGCUCUCGCUUUGAACCGGACAUCACCUGCAGCAUCAAGUUCACACCUGUAGAUGGCUGUAGCUGCACUAAGGGGUUCUACAUGGAUGACAGUGGAAAAUGUGUCCCUGGAGCUGCCUGCCCCUGUUACUACAAGGGAAGUGCUGUACCCUCUGGAGAAGUGGUCCAUGAUAAUAAAAUACAAUGUUCCUGCACUGAAGGAGUUUUGAGCUGUAUCGGAAUUAAUAAGCCAGAAUGCACUGCUCCCAUGGUUUAUUUUGAUUGUAAUAAUGCAACAGAGUUCACAAAGGGAGCUGAGUGCCAGAAGAGUUGCCAGAUACUGGGGACACAAUGUUACAGAACAAAUUGUGUCUCUGGCUGUGUGUGUCCUGAUGGACUAUUGUCAGAUGGAAAGGGGGGCUGCAUCAAUGAGGAGCAAUGUCCAUGUGAACACAAUGGAGCCAGUUAUCAGCCGGGAGAAAAAAUUAAAGUUAAAUGCAAUACUUGCACCUGCAAAAACCGAUUGUGGCAAUGUACAGAUAAGCCAUGUCUAGGGACCUGUGCUGUGUAUGGAGAUGGCCAUUAUAUCACUUUUGAUGGGAAACAAUACACCUUUAAUGGAAAGUGUGAAUAUAGCCUUUUGCAGGAUCUUUGUGGCAAAACUGAAGGCGGGAGCUCUUUCCGAGUCAUUACUGAGAACAUCCCAUGUGGAACGACUGGCACAACCUGUUCUCAAGCUAUUAAGGUCUAUCUAGGGAACUUUGAACUUAGUCUCACAAAUGAAAAGUUUGACAUAGUAAAAAGAGACCCCAACUCCAAGGUGCCAUAUACUGUCCGAUACAUGGGUAUCUAUCUUGUCAUUGAGUCUGACAGUGGACUGAUCCUGCUGUGGGAUAAGAAAACUAGCAUCUUCAUCAAGCUCACUAGAGACUUUAAGGGUGAUGUCUGCGGUCUGUGCGGUAACUAUGAUGGAGACGGAAACAAUGACUUUACUACUAGGAGCUUGUCACUGAUAGGAGAUCCUGUGGAAUUCGGAAACAGCUGGAAACACGACCCAACAUGCCCUGAUGCCAGUCCAACAAGAGAUCCUUGUUCUGCCAAUCCAUAUAGAAAAUCAUGGGCACAAAAGCAGUGCAGUAUCAUCAAGAGCAAGACAUUUUCUGACUGCCAUUCUCAGCUUGACCCGUCUCAGUAUUAUGAUGCCUGUGUUUCCGACUCCUGUGCUUGUGACAGUGGUGGAGACUGUGAGUGCAUGUGUACUGCAAUUGCAGCCUAUGCUCUUGCCUGUAGUGAAGCUGGCAUUUGUGUUUCCUGGAGGACCCCAAGCAUUUGCCCUAUUUUCUGUGAUUACUACAACCCAGAAGGUGAAUGUGAAUGGCAUUACAAGCCAUGCGAGCACAGCUGCCUAAAGACCUGUAGAAACCCCACUGGGAAAUGCCUUUAUGAUCUACCAGGUCUGGAAGGAUGCUAUCCUAACUGCCCAGCAGAAAAGCCUGUUUUUGAUGAGGACACAAUGGCAUGUGUAGCCCAGUGUGGUUGCUAUGAUGAUGAAGGAAAUCACUACCCACCAAGAACCCCCCUUCCCAGAAAGAAAAAUUGCCACACCUGUGUAUGCAGCAUGUCUUCCAUUAUUGAAUGCAAAUAUGAUAAAUCAGCUUGCUACUGUAUGUACAACGGCAUCAAAUACAAUUACAAUGAUGUGAUUUAUUACACACGGGAUAACACUGGCGCAUGUCGUAGUGCCAUUUGUAAGGAAAAUGGAACAAUCCUGAGAGAUACUAUGUGCCCCCCAACAACUCCUACAACGACAUUUGUUUUUACCACCACACCAAUCACUACUGUUACUACUACUCCGACGACUAGUACAUCAACAAUCUGUGUUCAGAAGUACUGUGAGUGGUCUGAUUGGAUAGAUACGAAUUAUCCUGCAUCAGAACGGGACAGUGGAGAUUUUGAGACAUAUGACAACAUUAGAGCUAAAGGACUAACUAUCUGUAAUUACCCAGAAGAAAUAAAAUGCAGAGCUAAAAGAUUCCCUGAAAUUUCACUAAAUGAAUUAGAGCAGAAUGUUCAGUGCAAUGCGUCCUUUGGAUUGAAAUGCUACAAUAGGGAUCAACUGCCACCUAUUUGCUACAACUAUGAGAUUAGUGUCAAAUGCUGUGAAAUAAGGGGUUGUGAUUUCAUAUCAACUGCAACUACCACUACAACUCCAACAACAACUGAAACUACAACUCCAACAACAGAAACUACAACUGAAAUUACAACUCCAACAACAAUAGAAACUACAACAACAACAGAAACUACAACUGAAACUACAACUUCAACAACAGAAACUACAACUGAAACUACAUCUCCAACAACAACAACAACAGAAACUACAACAACAACUGAAACUACAACUCCAACAACAACAGAAACUACAACUGAAACUACAACUCCAACAACAACUGAAACUACAACUCUAACAACAACUGAAAAAAUAACCACAACUGAAACACCAACUGCAACACACUGUGAACCCAUGUGCAAAUGGACUAAUUGGAUUGAUGCCCAUGCACCAGGUUUGGGGAAGGGUGAAGGAGAUUUUGAAACCUAUGAAAAAAUUAGUGCAGCAGGAAUAAACGUUUGUAAGGAGCCAGCUGAUAUUCAGUGUAGGGCAGAAAAAUUCCCUGAAAAGACAAUUCAUAAUAUUGAUCAGGCUGUGCAGUGUAAUGUAACAACCGGUCUUGUGUGCAAAAAUGAAGAGCAAAAAGGUGAUUUUAAAGAAUGUCUUAACUACCAAGUGAAAUUACUUUGUUGUGAUGAUUAUAGUCAUUGUUCAACCAUAACAACGACACCUAUUUCAACUUCGACAACUACAACUUCUCCCACUACCCAUACAGUCACAACAACAAUCUGUGAACAGAAAUGUGAGUGGUCGCCUUGGUUUGAUAAAAGCUAUCCUGAAUCAAAAUAUGACGGUGGAGAGUUUGAGACUUAUGAGAACCUUAGAGCAAAAGGAUAUUCUAUCUGUAAAAACUCAGAAGAAAUAGAAUGCAGAGCUAAAAAAUAUCCUGAUUUCCCACUCGAGGAACUAGGUCAGGAUAUCCAAUGCAAUGUAUCUUUUGGUCUGAUAUGUCAUAAUAAAAAUCAGGAACCACCCAUUUGCUUAAACUAUGAGAUUAGGGUUAAAUGCUGUGACAUGCAAUGUCCUUCCACCACUACUCCAUCUAGUUCAACAUCAAUUAUCACUUCAACCACGACAAAAACUACAACUCCAAGCUCAACUACUCAUUGCUUCUGCUACGUUGAUCAUGUUUUCUAUGCACCAGGUGAUCUUAUAUACAAAAAGGAAGAUCAUGCGGGCUGUUCUUUUUAUGCGGUCUGUAAUGACUUAUGUGAAGCUGAAAUAUUUCAGGGACCAUGUUCAACAACACCUACGACAACUACCCCAACAACAACUAUUACAACUACUCCAACAACAACUACCCCAACAACAACUAUUACAACUACUCCAACAACAACUACCCCAACAAUAACUAUUACAACUACCCCAACAAGUUCUACAACAAAUACAAUUGCUUAUGGUUGUCUGCCUGAUAAACAGCCUAAUGAAUCCUGGAAGAUUGGAAAUUGUACAACAGCCAAAUGUCUAGGGAACAAUGUCAUAACUUAUGAUUCCGUCAAAUGCCCAGAAGUGAAAGAGCUCACCUGUGCUAAUGGUUUCCCACCAAUCAAAGUCUACAGUGAAGAUGGCUGCUGCUUCCAUUAUGAUUGUCAAUGUGUCUGCAGUGGAUGGGGAGACCCUCAUUAUGUCACCUUUGAUGGAAUCUACUACACAUUCCUAGAUAACUGCACCUAUGUCCUUGUGCAACAGAUCACACCAAAGUAUGAUAACUUCCAAGUCUUAGUUGAUAACUAUUUCUGUGAUGCUUCAGAUGGAUUGUCCUGCCCACAGUCUAUUAUUAUAUACUAUAAAAGCAAUGAGGUGUUGCUGACACGUCAGAUGUUUGAAGGAAAGAUGAAAAAUAUGAUUAGAUUCAACAAAGUCUGGACAACUCCAGGAUUCACCACAGAUGGUAUUGCUGUUACCAGUGUUGGUAUAAAAAUGAUUGUGGAAAUUCCUGAAAUCGGGGCUUAUAUCUCAUUUAGUGGACUGAUCUUUUUAAUUAAACUUCCGUACAGCAAGUUUGGUGACAAUACAGAAGGCCAAUGUGGCACUUGCUCCAACAAUCAGAGGGAUGAAUGCAGAUUGCCAGGUGGCAAGAUUGUGCAAGACUGCAGCCAAAUGGCUGAUGAGUGGAAGGUGAAUGUGACUGAGAAACCAUACUGCAACCUUCCAAAGCCAACACCUAAACCAACUCCAGUGCCACCAACCUGUCCACCUUCACCUCUUUGUGAUGUCAUUUUAAGCGAAGUCUUUGCUGAAUGCCAUAAAAUAAUUCCUCCAAAGCCUUACUAUGAUGGAUGUGUUUUUGAUGCAUGUCGAGUUAAAAAUACGACAGUGGAAUGUGCCAGUUUCGAGGUCUAUGCAUCCCUGUGUACUUCCAGUGGAGUCUGCAUCGACUGGAGGAACAGAACAAAUGGCCAUUGCCCAUACAAGUGUCCUGCUGAAAAAGUCUAUAACGCUUGUGGUCCAGUGUAUCCACCGACUUGUGAUCAGAGGGAUGUCAAUAAAGGUGGCAAUUAUCUUACUGAAGGCUGCUACUGUCCCAAUGGAACCGUGCUGUUCAACUCCUUCAGUGGCAUCUGUGUUCCAGAUUGUAAUGUUUGCCAAGGACCCAGUGGAAAACCAGUUAAUGUUGGAGAUUCCUGGAUCAGUGACUGCAACAACUGCACAUGUAAAGAAAACCCUCUUUCUGUCAAGUGUGAGCAACUCCCAUGUAGCAAGCCUGAAAUUCAGACCUGUGAGCAGGUUGGCUUUGUUCUUGAGGAAAGCCUGGUGAAUCCCUGUUGCAAGGAGAACAAAUGCGUUUGUAAACCUAACACUUGUCCUGCCAUCGUGAUAAGCUGUCCACUUGGAUUUAAAGGCAAUCCGGUUGUACUGGAAGGACAUUGCUGCCCGUCGUAUAAUUGCACACCCAAUAACGUCUGUGUUGUUGGUAAUCAGGAAUACAAGCCUGGAGACCUUAUCACAGGAACCAAAGACUCCUGUGAUAAUUGUGAGUGCACAGAGGAAAAGGAUACUAGCACAUCUCUAAACAAGAUCAAGUGCAAGCCAAUCCAGUGCAAUGAAGUGUGCAACAAGGGAUAUGAAUAUAUAAAGGCUGAUGAAGAAUGUUGUGGAUCAUGUGUACAUACAGAAUGUAUUAUCAUAACAAGUAACAAUUCCACUAUAACCCUCAAGCCUGGAGACACAUACACCCCAGAAGAAGACAAGUGCAUCACUUAUAUCUGUAAACCCAAAUUUGAAGUGGAAUACCAAACGGAGAAAUGUGCCAUUGCUGAACCAUCCGAAUGCUUACCAGGAUAUAAAUACCAAAAACUUCCAGGAAAAUGCUGUGGUGAAUGCAUAAAAUACCUGUGUGUGAUGACACUCCCUGACAACUCUACUAAAAUCAUGAAGCCUGAAGACUCAUACACCCCAGAAGAAAAGUGCAUCACUUAUAUCUGUAAACCCAAUUUUGAAGUGGAAUCCCAGACAGAGAAAUGUGUCAUUACUGAAUCAUCCCAAUGUCUACCAGGAUAUGAAUACCAAAAACUUCCAGGAAAAUGCUGCGGAGAAUGUAUAAAGCGAUCCUGUGUAAUGACACUCCCUGACAACUCUACUAAAAUCAUGAAGCCUGAAGACAAAUACACACCAGAAGAAGACAAGUGUAUCACUUAUACCUGUAAAUCUAAUUUUGAAGUGGAAUCCCAGACUGAGAAAUGUGCCAUUGCUGAACCAUCACAAUGUUUACCAGGAUAUCAAUACCAAAAACUUCCAGGAAAAUGCUGUGGAGAAUGCAUAAAAUACGUAUGUGUGAUGACACUCCCUGACAACUCUACUAAAAUCAUGAAGCCUGGAGAUACAUACACCCCAGAAGAAAACAAGUGUAUCACUUAUACCUGUAAAUCUAAUUUUGAAGUGGAAUCCCAGACUGAGAAAUGUGCCAUUUCUGAACCUUCACAAUGCUUAACAGGAUAUGAAUACGAAAAACUUCCAGGAAAAUGCUGUGGAGAAUGCAUCAAAUACCUGUGUGUGAUGACACUCCCUGACAACUCUACUAAAAUCAUGAAGCCUGGAGACACAUACACCCCAGAAGAAAACAAGUGUAUCACUUAUACCUGUAAAUCUAAUUUUGAAGUGGAAUCACAGACAGAGAAAUGUGCCAUUGCUGAACCUUCACAAUGCUUAAAAGGAUAUCAAUACCAAAAACCUACAGGAAAAUGCUGUGGAGAAUGCAUAAAGAAAGCAUGUGUGAUGACACUCCCUGACAACUCUACUAAAAUCAUGGAGCCUGGAGAUACAUACACCCCAGAAGAAAACAAGUGUAUCACUUAUACCUGUAAAUCUAAUUUUGAAGUGGAAUCCCAGACAGAGAAAUGUGCCAUUGCUGAACCUUCACAAUGCUUAACAGGAUAUGAAUACCAAAAACUUCCCGGAAAAUGCUGUGGAGAAUGCAUCAAAUACGUAUGUGUGAUGACACUCCCUGACAACUCUACUAAAAUCAUGAAGCCUGAAGACACAUACACACCAGAAGAAAACAAGUGUAUCACUUAUACCUGUAAAUCUAAUUUUGAAGUGGAAUCCCAGACUGAGAAAUGUGCCAUUUCUGAACCAUCACAAUGCUUAACAGGAUAUGAAUACCAAAAACUUCCCGGAAAAUGUUGUGGAGAAUGUAUAAAAUACGUAUGUGUGAUGACACUCCCUGACAACUCUACUAAAAUCAUGAAGCCUGGAGACACAUACACCUCAGAAGAAAACAAGUGUAUCACUUAUACCUGUAAAUCUAAUUUUGAAGUGGAAUCACAGACAGAGAAAUGUACCAUUGCUGAACCUUCACAAUGCUUACAAGGAUAUAAAUACCAAAAACUUCCAGGAAAAUGCUGUGGAGAAUGCAUAAAAUACGUAUGUGUGAUGACACUCCCUGACAACUCUACUAAAAUCAUGGAGCCUGGAGACACAUACACCCCAGAAGAAAACAAGUGUAUCACUUAUACCUGUAAAUCUAAUUUUGAAGUGGAAUCACAGACCGUGGAAUGUGCCAUUGCUGAACCUUCACAAUGCUUAACAGGAUAUCAAUACCAAAAACUUCCAGGAAAAUGCUGUGGAGAAUGCAUAAAAUACCUAUGUGUGAUGACACUCCCUGACAACUCUACCAAAAUAAUGGAGCCUGGAAAUACCUACAUACCUGAAGACGACAAGUGUAUCAAAUAUACGUGUACAUCUAAUUAUGAUAUUGUAACUAUAAAGGAAUCCUGUCCUCCUUUUGAUGAACAGGAUUGCAAGAAGAAACACGGUAUCAUAACAAUGUCCAAAAAUGGCUGCUGCAAACUAUGUAUGGAACAACAAGUUGGAUGUCUUGUCCUUAAAGAGCAGCAAAACAUCACAAAUGGAACCUGCAAAUCUGAACAGACAGUGGAAUUGUCCUACUGUGAGGGAAGCUGCAGUACCAAAUCAAUGUACUCUGCAGAUUCCAAUUCAAUGGAACACAAGUGUAGUUGUUGCCAGGAACUGAAGACUAGCCAACGACAGGUAGAUCUGCAGUGUGAAGAUGGAAGCAGUUCAGUAUUUUCCUACAUUUACGUAGAGGAGUGUGGCUGUACAAGCACUGAAUGCCAGAAUAUGACUUAAACUACUUGUGAAAGAGGACAAUGGCAACCCCAGGAGGUUGAGCGUUAUAUCUUCUGUGACACCUUGUUCCUCUGGAAUAUGAAACCUAUACUUUCCUUUUAAUUAUACUUUUUUUUUCUCCUUAAUUUGUUAGUUUUAGCAUUGCUUUUUUUCUUGCAAGCACACUUUAAAGGGGACCUGUCAGCUGAAAAAAAAUUUCCAAAUCCUAUUUUAUCCAGUUAGUGAAGCAAAACCAACUUUAAUUACACUAUAUAAAUUAUUUGAAUUUUGUUUCCUUCAGUCUGGGAAUUUAUAAUUAUAGCAAGCAGGCAGGAGCCAUUUUGUGGACCCUGUUAAGAGCAUUGCAUCAUCUCAAAUUCUUGUUUAUAUACAAGAAGGGGAACCUGAUGCCCAUCCCCUGACUACAUAAUUAAAUGGUUAAGAGAACUGGGGGAAUGUGAGGAGGGCAGUGACAUCUAGGAAAUGCUGAAUGGAAAGUGAAAGUAAUUGCCUGCUCCACCUCUAUGCCUAAGGCAUAGAGGAGGGGCAGCCAAUAUUUGAUUGACAGCUGAGAUUUUUAAAAGAGUUUACAACAGCUAUGAACGUUAAUAAAACAAAAAAUUGGAUUUCAUUUUAAUUUGAAAAGGACUUUUAUUAUACAGCUUUUUAUGUCUGGGUGACAGGUCCACUUUAAUGAUUUGUUCAACUACUUAUACUGUAUGUAUGCAAUUUAAUGCCUUUUUAAUGAAUAAUUACAAAAAUUGGUGGUUUCUUUUAAGGAAACAGAAAAUCAGAACAUGCCUUAUUUCAAUUUUAAUUCCUUUAAAUAAAUGAGUUUUCUCCGUACAGUGAGGACACAUGAAUUAACUAUAGCUGCGCUCAAAUUUGCAUUCCAGAUUGAAAGAAUUCAGUUUGAAUUUUAUUGGAUAAGUUACAUACUCACUUACAGAUUUCCUCAUUUAUACUGCUAUGACUUUACAAUAAUCUGUGACAUGUUCAUUGUUUCGUUCAUUCUAAGUAGUAAUCAAUUGGUGCAAACUGUCGUAUACCAAUGUACUUUUGAAACUGAUCCUUUUUUUAAGUAAAGAUUUACUAUAUUUUCUUGAAA